AGCUUGUGACAGAAUUGGCGCGCGGGGUAAUCCGUCAACGCCGUCAACAUCAAUGGGAAAAAUAAUAGAGAAAGCGAUUCAAUUGAAAACCGAAGACCAGAGCUAUUUUAAUCAAAAUGGAAGUUCGAGAGAUGAAGCCUGGAAUUAAGAACAUAACCAUUAAUUUGAUUAUUCUUGAUAUAGGGCGGCCAAACAAGACAAUGGAGGGCCAUGACGUGCGCACCUGUCGGGUGGCGGACCGGUCCGGCUCGAUCAACAUGUCCGUUUGGGACGAGCCCGGCGGACUGCUUCAGACGGGAGACAUCAUUCGUGUCACGAAAGGAUACACAAACAUCUGGAAGAAUUGCCUCACGCUGUAUGUGGGAAAGGGCGGCGAUCUCCAGCGCAUCGGCGACUUCUGCAUGGUGUUUUCGGAGCUCCCAUUCAUGAGUGAGCCGCAGACGGAAGCUCAGCAGCAGCAGCAGCAGCAGCAGCAGCCUGCGCAGCCGUCGGCGGCGUCGCAGCAGGCCGCGCCGCCGGCGCCGUCAGCCCCGGCCGGCAGCGGCCCGCCACCGGCGCUCGUCGGCAACCACAACGGCGCGCGCGACUCGCGCUCGGCGGCCGGCGGUCACCGCGGUGGUGGCGGCGGCGGCUGGCAGGCCGGCCGCGACCCGCGCAACCAGCCGUUCGGCCGCUCGCAGCCGGGCCGCGGCCGCUCCGGCGGCGACCCGAGGACCAAACGGUAGCCGGCCGCGGCGCGGGUGUGCUGUGCUGUGUGCAGAACUCAGCCGCCGCCGUGUGCAGGGUUUGGUGGACCAGACGGCAGCGUUAUUAUAUGUGUUUGUCGUGGACAGGACAGCGCUGCUGCACUGUAUUUCGUUGAGUGAGAAUGGACCACGAGCUGAGUGAUGGAACGGUUUAGACUUUGACAUGCCAACUGUGUGGUCGGCAGAUGGGAAACAAGGAUGACAUGGCCGAGCUGAGCGCUCAUGGUAGACGUGCUAGUGACCUGCCACUCUGUGGCGUCCCUCAUUUGCUGGCUGUGAUGUCCGUCGGCUCUCGUCGUGAUAGCUUCACGCUGCCGUGGGCGUUAGAGUGAAAUAACCACAGCGUUACGGGCUGUUGGCAUUCUUCCAUUACUAUCCACCGAGGUAGUGCAAUCACAAUGACGGUCGGGCAUUGUGCUGUUUCAAGCCACGUAGUGUCGGUGUUGAGACUGCAUAUUGAUGAUUGCUUUGUGCCGUACCUCGACAGUGAACAACGAGCGUUCACACCCUGCCAAAACUUGCUACUUCGUUUCCGUUCAAUACGAUGUUAGGUACUUUCAAACCGUAAAACAGUCGGUUGUUGUGCUUAUUGCCCCGGGCUUAUGUAGAGUUUGGUGGUAGUUUUCUUUUUUCACUUGUUUCAACAUAAAACACGAAUCAAAAGAUUUGUCAACAAAAGCCUCUAAGAAUGUUCACCAUCGCUGGUGUUGUAAGGCGCCUGUCUGUAUGUCCCCGUAAUGCCGUGCAUUGUGAUGUGGGUAAUGUGUACGGCCUGAUAUUCAUGUGGUUUUAAGACAGGUCACUGCGGGAUUUUGCGAUCUAAUUUUGUCUGGUGCACUGUCAGCAUUGCUGUCGCCUGUCAUUGCUAUCGUUUUCAUAGAAGUUCGCUAGGCCCUGUGCUUUAGUGUCCCAAUAAUUUUUGUAUGUUCCUUUUUGCGGCCGUGUGUCACUAGUUCAUCAAUAUGUCGGAGAAGCUGCUUGUCUUAUUGGACGAGAUUUCAAAUGCCGCCUUCGGUGAAAAUAUAUGCAUUUCGACAAACAAA